UUGCUUUUUGGCGAGUGUUGUUUACCUACUCUGUGAGUGUUGUGUUUUGUGAUUGUGCAUACUUAUUAACUUAUUAGUACUUCCAUGGUUUUGUGCACUACUGAGGCAUACUGAGGAAAAAAACACUAGUUUUGUGCUAAGUACUUAUUACUUCCAUUCCAUGGAGGUACCUACUCCAAAUGCUCCAAACUUUAGAUUUCAAUGAAAUUGUACCAUAUUACCAUAUAAAACAAUGUCGAAGAACGACGAAGAACGAAGAACUCGCGGGCCGAAUUUUUCUUUAAGUGACAAAAAAAAACUUUUAAAUUUAAUAGCUAAAUAUAAGGAUGUGGUGGAGGACAAAAACACUGAUGGUGAGACCAAUGUCAAGAAAAACAAAGUAUGGAGUAAAUUAACCGACGAGUUUAAUUCAAAAAGCUCUUGCAGUGUCCGAAACACGAGACAACUAAAGAAACUGUGGGAAAAAAUGAAAACCAACACAAGAAAAGGAAGAGGCGGGACAAAUCCAUUCCAAGGCCAGGUAGAAAUAAUACUUGGGACAACACUAAGUGGAAUAAAGGAUCCAUUGGAUAGUGAUGUAAACUUAGUUUUAAAUAAUGUUUUAGCAAAUGAAGAAAAUGAAUCAGGUCAAUCAGAGGUCUCAAAUACCGAGACUUCUGUAGUAGACCAAUGCUUCAUAGGAGCAGAGAAUGAAACUGGUCCAUCACAGAUGUAUCAAGAUGACAUAACAAGAGAAGAUGAAUGCAUGACAAAUGUCUCUGAUGCAUCUUGUGAUGUAAGUAGAAAAAAACACAGUCCUACAUGGUUGCAGAGAAAAAGACCAAAUACUUAUCUAGAAUAUAAGAUUCUAGAACAUAAACUAGAAUUGGCUAAGAUAUUUAAAAAAAAUGCUGAAUCACAGGGGAAGAUGAAAUAUAAAAUUCAGGAGGAGCAAUUAAAAAAUACUGAAUCAGAGGGUAAGAUGAAAUAUAAAAUUCAGGAGGAGCAAAUAAAAAAUGCUGAAUCAGAGUGGAAAAUGAAAUAUAAAAUUCAGGAGGAACAAUUAAAACAGGAAAAAAUCAAUACAGAAAUUUUAAAGUUAAAACUGAAAGCAGCACAGAAUGAAUUAUUAAACAAGAAUAAUUAAUAA